AUGCGGCCCGCCAUGGCGUCGCUGCCCUCCUCCUACCUCGUCGCCGGCUUGCUUGGCCGCCCCGGCGCUGCCAAGGCCAUGGCGCGCACCGACGCCGCGCCCGCGGAUGCGGCCACCGCGGGCAGCAGCGGGGGGGCGGGCAGUGGCGAGGGCGGGCAGUGGUACUUCAGCCGCGAGCACAUCGAGAAGCACUCGCCGUCGCGUGCUGAUGGCAUUGACUUGCGGCGUGAGACGUAUCUGCGCCGCUCCUACUGCACCUUCCUGCAGGACCUCGGCAUGCGCCUCCGCGUGUACGCCCUCACCCCCCACCCCACCCCCGCGCCUCACGCCCUUCCCCCGCGCCUCGUGCCCUUCCACCGCGCCUCAUGCCCUUCCCCCGCGCCUCAUGCCCUUCCCCCGCGCCUCAUGCCCUUCCCCCGCGCCUCAUGCCCUUCCACCGCGCCUCAUGCCCUUCCCCCACGCCUCGUGCCCUUCCACCGCGCCUCAUGCCCUUCCCCCGCGCCUCAUGCCCUUCCACCGCGCCUCAUGCCCUUCCACCGCGCCUCAUGCCCUUCCCCCGCCCCUCACGCCGCCGCAGAUAACGAUAGCGACGGCCAUCGUGUUCUGCCAUCGCUUCUUCAUGCGCCAGUCGCACGCCAAGAACGACCUCUAUGCGAUAGCGACGGUGUGCAUGUUCCUGGCGGGCAAGGUGGAGGAGACGCCGCGCGCGCUCAGGGAGGUGGUGCAGAAGAGCCUCGACGCGCAGGCCCGGAAGGACCCCGCCGCCGCUGCCAAGCUGCCCCACAAGGAGGAGCAGCAGAGGGAGGUGGUGCUGGUGGGCGAGGGGCUCGUGCUGGCGACGCUGGGCUUCGACCUGAACGUGGCGCACGCCUACAAGCCCCUCGUGGCCGCCGUCAAGCGCUUCAAGGUCGCCCAGCAGGCCCUCGCCCAGGUCGCCUGGAACUUCAUCAACGACGGGCUGCGCACGUCGCUGUGUCUGCAGGUGCGCGCGGAGCAGUUCGCGGCGGGCGCCAUCAGCCUGGCGGCCAAGUUCCUGCGAGUCAAGCUGCCAGGCGACAGCGACUCACCCUGGUGGGCCGACUUCAACGUCUCGCCCAAACUGCUCCACG